GUCAGCCUCGUUGUUAAGCUAGUCUCACCGGGUGCAACAUGAGCGGAGUACCGGGCAAAAAGAGCUCGUCCGGCUCGUCAAGCGUGACAGAUUGGAUCAGUUCGGCGUGUAAAUUUGCAACAGACAGAAAUGAUUUCAGGAGGAAUCUUCUGGUCAACCUGGGGUUGUUUGCAGCCGGUGUUUGGAUUGCCAGAAAUCUCACCGAUUUUGAUUUGAUGGCUCCUCAGCCUGCAACGUAACAAUGCCUCAUCCUGUACAUGGUCUGACUACAAAAGAAGAAUCAAGGGAUGUAAAGAAAAAUGUCUUGUUAAUCCAAGUUUGAAAUAUAUCUUCUCUUUAGUAAUUCAUUUUUCUUUUCCAUAUUUUAAAUUAUUUUUUUCAUUGUCUACAGGCUUGAGAAUAUUGGCUAGAUUUGAAACUAUGUCAACUGUGCAGAAUCUAACAUUUAAAUUGCAUGUAAUUAGUCAAGCUAUGCACACUCGAGAGCUUUUUCUUGCUGCCGCUCGUAAAUGUUUGUCCACGAGAAGGAAAUCUCUCUCCAUCCCUCAAAGUCUGGAUGUGGCUGCUCAGCUUUUGGCCGUUGAUUUGGCUUUGAAACCUGCUCUGCUGUAUGAUGCCAACAGCGCCAGCGGAGAGCAGGUGCAUCACUAUUUGCGCUCGUGUCAAUCGUCCCAGCUCGUGUCGGACUCCCUUAUCACCUUGGACUUGAACGGUAACAGCCUCAUUGUUAACCCGGUUGCAACCCGGUCCAAUCUCGAGAAGGUGCUUCGCAACGGUGGCCCGGCUGUGAUCGACGUCAGCCACUCAUUAGAGAAGCCCGCCAUCAUAGAGUCAGUCAGAGCUGGGCUGAAGAACAUCGCACAAGAUCUCCUUUUUUGUCUCAGAGGGCUUGAUGCAGGAAAGGAUGUUGACAAAAGUAUUUCUGUGGCACAAGGUUCAGAUGAGUGGAACCUGAGCGCCGUCUUCGGACUGUUAUUGGGUUACCCUGCCAUCUACUGGUUUGAGCAGAGUGAGAGCUUUGAAAACUGCCUCUCUAUGACCCCCUUGACAGUGACCAAGGCAACUGCAACAUGGGCGCCAGAUGCAACCAGCCAUAAAAGUUGCCUGUACUCAUUCAGCAUCCCGGCCAUCCUACAAAAUGAGUCACUAUCCAGUCUGGAGGAGUGGAAGCUUGGCCUUCAAGAGAGAUUCCAGCAGCAAAAUAUCCUAAAAGAGCUCAAUGUCUGUCAGUCUGCAGUCACUCUACCAUCAGUCUGUUUGUAACUCAACAUCAUGUUUUAUUCAUGACUCCAUUAAACUGUUUAAAAUGAAUAAAAACAG